AUGACUGAUUCAAACAAUAACACUGGUCAUCCAAUUCAUCUUCAUCCGUGGGCAACAUUAAUUCAAAUUCAUCCAACUGGAAAAGAUGAGGGUGUUAUUUGUGGCGGAACUUUAAUCACAAAAAAACACGUGGCAAGUGCGGCUCAUUGUUUCCAACAAAAAUUUCUUGACACUUCAAACGGAGGUCAUAAAAGAUAUUGCGAUGCGUAAGGAUACUGUAGAUCUAAUUCUAAAAGAUAAUUUAAUUUAGAGAUGCAAAAUAUUCGGAGGAAGAAAUAAUUCGUAGAACAACAUUAACAAUUGGAGCAAUAUGCACAAAUCUUGAUAAAGAUGUUGGUUGUACUUACAAAGAACAAUUAGGUCGACAAUACCGUAUUAAAAAUAUGUUAUUCGCUGAUUUCUACAAAAAUAAUUGUGUCAACGGCGAUGAUAUUGUGAUUAUCGAAUUAGAUCAAGAAAUUGACGAGAGUACUGUAUCCAAUUAUGCAUGUCUUCCAUUUGAAAUCGAAGAAGUUAAAGAUAAUUCUACUGUAACAUCUUUCGGAUGGGGAACUGAUCGUAAGAAAUUAGAACUUAUUUAUUUUUAGAUUGAAAAUAAUUUUUCCAGCUGGCAAGGCUUAUGACAAAAAGCCAUAUCCAUUUCUUCAAACAGUUUCACUAACUAAAAGUUCACACGCAGAAUGCAAAAGUUCUCGAGGUGGUGUUAUUCCAUCUGAUUCUUUUUGUACUGUAGAAGAAGAGGAUAAAAAUGUCUGCGCGGUAAGAAUGAAAAAAUAGUUUCAAGUGGCCGAAGUGUUAAUUUUUGUCUCAAAAUUUCUGCUCCAUUCCCACAAGAAAUUUUUUUAAAUGAUUUUGGCUAAAAAUUACGACGUGGCCUAUUUUCCAAUUUAAUUUUAAAAAAUUAUUUUUUUAAAUGCACUUCACGAAAAAUUGCCACGUAGCAAAAAAAUCGUUGAAAAUUCUUAAAUAAGUCACGUUGCCUAAUUUCGAAUAGCAUUUUCUAACAAAAAACAUUUUUUAAAUGUUCUAAUUGGUUUUAGAAUUUCAGUGGAUUGAUAAUAUUCCAAAAAAAUCAUCAAACUGAAAAUAUCAAAGUUCUGAAAACUUACUACAUUUUUGCAGGGUGACAGCGGUGGUGGUCUUAUGCGUCAAUACAAAAAACAACACUACAUUUCAGCCAUAAUAUCCUACGGUACAGAUUGUUCUCAACUAAUCAAAGGUGUGACACCAAAAAAUCAAGUCAAUACUUCAAUCAGAUAUCAUCAGAAACUUAUUACUGAUUUUAUCAAUAAGAAAUAA